AUGCACCGGCGCUGUCCCAUCAUACCAGCUUUCCCAAGUGGCCGCACAACGCCGCUGCCUUUAUUACCAUCAUGUGGUGGGACAGGUGCGUUGACUGUGUUUCCUGGUGGCUUUACUCAGAAACGCCAUAGCAGCGUGUACCCGCAACCGCCGGUGAACCCGUUGCCUCCAUAUCCACCCUACGCUUCGGGAUAUCAAUCAUUUUACCACCCACAUGCGCAUCAAGGAGUUUCACAAGUACCCCCGCCCUUCAAUUCAGGGAUGGGCGCAUCGGGUUACGUCGGUGUUGGAGUACCUGAGUUGGGAACAAAGGAACGGCCCGUUGUCGUAGUUUCGGCUCCACAAAAAACGACUUGGACAACCCGACUGUGGUUAUUGUUGUUAUUUGGAAUUGGAGCCAGUUGCACCCUAAGCCUCAUCGAAGAAUUGAUGUCGAGAAUGCAAGACGGCAAUUCGGUGACGAAAAUAGGAGGGAUAUCUCGGGGUCAGCAAAUCGGGAUGUUUGGUUCUCCUGAUGUCAAGCCAGUGGAUUUGACCGGUCUCGAUGUAACUUUUGACACGAUUCGUGGGUGUGAUGAGGCGAAAAAAGAGCUUAAGGAAAUUGUCGAGUUUCUAAAAGAACCUGAGAAGUUCCACAAACUAGGGGGGAGACUUCCUAAAGGUGCGCUGUUAGUUGGCCCCCCUGGUUGCGGGAAAACAAUGCUUGCGAAGGCUAUUGCCAAGGAAGCCGAUGUAAGCUUUUUUUACUCAGCGGGGAGUGAGUUUGACGAAAUGUUUGUUGGUGUUGGGUCUCGACGUGUCCGCGAGCUUUUUGCCGCUGCCAAAGCUCGUGCCCCAUCGCUUAUUUUUAUAGACGAAAUCGACGCAUUGGGGGGUAAACGGUCGGGAACGGAUCAUGCUUAUUCUCGAAUGACCCUGAAUCAGCUUCUGGCAGAAAUGGAUGGGUUCGAUUCCAAAGACUCUGUCAUCGUCAUCGCUGCGACGAACACCCCCGAUUCAUUGGAUAAAGCCCUCACCCGUCCAGGUCGAUUUGACGUUGUGGUAUCAGUUGAUCCCCCAGACAUGAAAGGGCGCGAAGAAGUUUUACAAAUUUACCUUAGCAAAAUUAAAGCUGAAUCUUCUGUUAGCGCAGCUGCCAUCGCACGAGGAACUACGGGAUUCACUGGGGCGGAGUUGAGCAAUUUGGUCAACAUCGCUGCCAUCCGCGCUGCCACGCUAAACAAUCAGGUUGUGACGAUGAACGAUAUUGAAUACGCAAAGGAUCGGGUGAUGAUGGGGGCGGAAAGUGCAAAGGUCAUCCCAGAAGAUGAGCGCAAAGUGACCGCAUACCAUGAGGGGGGCCAUGCACUCGCGGCGCUACUUCUUGAGAAAGAGGGAGCGGAGCCCGUGCACAAGGCAACAAUUGUACCAAGGGGAAACGGCAUAAUGGGCCUUGUGCAGCAGUUACCUGAGAAAGACAAAUACAGCCAAAGUAAGAGACAAUGCCUAGCGCGCUUGAAGGUCUGUCUCGCAGGAAGAGUGGGUGAGGAAAUACUACUCGGCUCAGAUGACGUCACCACGGGUGCCAGUUCGGACUUCCAUCAAGCUACAAAAAUUGCGAGGAAUAUGGUGCGGCGGUUCGGUUUUAGUGGCGACCUCGGUUUUGUUGAUUAUGAGUCUUCCGAUACCCCCGAGGGCGCCUAUAUGUCCGAUGAAACGAAGGGCAAAAUUGAGAAAGAGGUUUCAACUCUCUUGCAGAAUUCGUACACUGAAAUAAAGCAGAUGUUGCUGAGUCAUCGCGAGGAACUUGAGUCUAUCGCCAAGCACCUCAUGCAGCACGAGACGUUGUCAGGAGAUGAGCUGAAACGCAUAGUAAACGGUGAAACAAUUCCGGCUAGGAAGGAGAAGGUGAGCAUUCACCAUCAUUGCUCGAAAAUGCCACCAGCUGGAACAGAAAGUAUGAAAGGGAAACAACGCCCCGUUUCCAUAACGUAA